AUUUUCGUUUAAUUUCCAAUGGCUAUUUCCCCUCAACAGUAAGCUACAGCGUUCCUUCCGUGCUGUGUGCUUUCCUUCUCCCCCAGCUUCCUCCAUCCCCAGACGAUUCGACAUGUCUCCCCCCACAGGCAAUGGAAAAGAAUCUAAUACCGCCCGUAUCCUCGGCUCAGGAACUUCAGGUGUUGCUGAGCUGCUCGUUUUCCAUCCUGUGGACACUAUUGCGAAGCGAUUAAUGAGUAACACGUCUCAGGUCUCCUUGUCGUCCCUAUCGACCAUCAUCUUUCGUGACAAGGCGACCGCCAGCCUACCAACAAAACUUGGCUCCCUUUUUCCUGGUCUUGGCUAUGCGGCCGGGUACAAGGUCUCCCAGCGGAUAUACAAGUUCGGUGGACAGCCGUGGUUCAAUGACCUCAUAUCUUCGCACUACGGUACCCAGUUCAGGAAUACGUUUGGAGAGAGGAAGGGAAAGCUAAUGAUGCAGGCUACCGCCGGAAGCUUGACGGGCAUUGGUGAAGUCGUCCUACUUCCACUAGACGUCCUCAAAAUCAAACGUCAAGUGAAUCCCGAAGCUUUCCGUGGCCGUGGGAUCCUCCGGAUCGUCAUGGAGGAGAAGGGGGCCCUCUACCGAGGAUGGGGAUGGACAAUGGCGCGGAAUGCUCCCGGAAGUUUCUCUUUAUUCGGUGCUUCCGCCUUCACGAAGGACUAUAUCCUUGGCGUGAAAGAUUACUCCAAAGCCACUUGGGCACAAAAUUUCAUCGCUUCCAUAGCUGGAGCCGUCGCCUCUAUCACCGUCGCCGCCCCUCUAGACGUCAUCAAGACCCGAAUUCAAAAUGCCAACUUUGAGAGCAAAACGUCCGGAAUAACCGUCUUCAAGGAUCUAAUACGGAAGGAGGGCCCAACUGCCUUGUUCAAGGGACUCACGCCCAAGAUUCUGGUCGUCGGUCCCAAGCUGGUGUUCAGUUAUACUCUAGCACAGUCCCUGAUUCCCCUGUUCGCUAACUACGUUUAGAUUUUCUACGAUGAGCGUACUUUCAUAUGCAUCUAACUUAGCUAGAUGAGAUAUAGAUGUAGGACCUAUGUAUGGCCUAUGUAGUACCAUUGACGAAUGUCAUGCCUGAUUACCCUGCUCA